AUGAUUACGGAUGUUUUAUUCCAUCCGGAAGUGCUAAAGAUUCUGCAUGAGUGGAAGAGAGGACGAGAAGAAGAGGUUCCUCUAGAUCUUAUAGCUCUCCUAGUAGAAGGGAAGCAGAAGGUGGACUACUAUUGGAUGGACAAAAUCCUAUAUUCGUAUAAAAAAACGUCGAAGAGGAGAAAAGACAGAGUAAAUAGUCUGAAGAAGGCUGUUGAGUCCAAUUUCGAUGUGGAAGUAAGUGGAGAGGGAAAUAUAUACUUUCUUAAGAGCCUUGAUGGAAUCUCUAAAGGUGUUCGAAGCCUAUUGAAGAGAGCGAGAAAGAAAAAAGCUAAAGAUAAAGGGAUUUCUGGCUUGGAGAGAGAUACAGAAAAAGAAGAAGCAAACACUUCUGGUAUGCUGAGAUUUAUUCAGGUAGAAGGCAUAAAGAAGCCUUCGGCGGAUAUGCUUGGACUAUUUUCCCCAAUAUGCUUCGACAAGGAGACAGCAGUCAGCAUGCCUUCGAGUCCUCUCAGUUCCACAAUACGCAUAAGAAAAGACAUUCAAGAUCCAAGAAGAUUAUCCUUCAUCAAAUUUUCCAACCAGCUUAGGCCACCUCUCUAUGGAUUUGGAGGACAGAAACAUUAUGUGAAAAACAGCCUUACAAGGCUUCCACAAGUUUUAGACUACGAGGAAGAUUCUGAUUGGGAAGAUUGCGAGGAUGCAGAAGUUAUUGAAAGCACAGAAGAGGAAUCUUCGGAGGAAGAAAGUAGUUGUGAAUGGAUAGAGUUGGAUUCGGAAAGGAUGGAGCCAUCUAGAACAUGUCGGAAGCCAUGUCUUGGAUUUCCUUCCUGUAAGUUUACUAUAUUUCCGUCAUUCUGCUCCUCCUGGAUUUCUCUUCCACUAGUAGAGCGCGAAGUAUUUCCCGAAGAGCUUUUGGGGGAACUUGAAAAAGAGCUUCUUCGCUGUAAAGAUCUCGGAGAGCUUGUAAGAAGAUUUGGAAGUAAGUAUGUUGUCAAGGCAUCUGUGGUGAGCGACAAGCUCCGAGACCUGGGUGUUCUGGAACCCCACAAAGAAAUCAAUCUGUGA